UGUAGGAAGUGUGUACUGUGGUACCUCCUAACCUCAGAUAAAAUGCAGAGUUAGAAACGUUUGUAAUAUUUACUCAUAAAAUGACGAAUAAUUUGUUAAUUUUUAUUCCGCAAAGGCUAUGUAGUGCACAGUCUGGUUACGUACUUGGCAAAGUGGUACACGAUGCACAUAGCGAUUUGAAAAAAUUUUAUAUUAUUAGUGUGCGCGAAGCUGACUCCUUAGAUUUAACAAAAUCUACGUUAGACACCGUUGGAUAUUAUUCCAAUACAAAUAAUUCCAACGAAUUUUCGGACCGCAAAUAUUCAGACUGGAUACACAUUAUAGCAAGGUCUUCCGAGAAUGGACAGGAAGAGUAUUAUCCGACGAACAUUGUUGUUAAUAAUAAACGAAUAGAUUUGUCAGUAACACGUACCACAAUUGUCUUGUAUGACAAAUUGGCGUUACAGGAAACAGAAUUGUUCGAGAGCAAAGCUGCAUCGGGUGACCAUUUCUAUGAACUCGCAAAACUCAUCCAAGGUAAAAAGGAUGAGCUGAAGAUCAAAUCUAGAUUUGCACGGAUCUGGGAAACUCUGUUGAUUUAUCAUAUGAUCUGCCAAUUGUAUCUUGUCCUAUUGCUGUCCAAAGUGACUGAGAAGUUGUUGCUGGUUUUGAAGUAUUCUUCCCUCGGCUUACAUGUGCAUAGUUGGUUGGAGAAUAUCAAAUGGAUGUUAGUCACAGUUGUACGAAAUAGAGGUUUUAAGCUGAAAACAGGAAACUAUGCUUUGGCAAUUAUAAUAGAUAUGGCACUAGGAAUCUUUGUAUUAAGAUUAUUGCAGUAUUACAUUAAGGAUCAACCAUCACAACUACUUUUAAACAAUGCAGAGAAAGUUGUAGACACUCUGAAGGAUUUGAUUAAUUGGUUGAUGGGUGCACCAGCUGGCUUGAAGCUUAAUCAUGCUCUGAAUAAUAAUAUGGGCAAAUUUUUCUUAUAUCAUAUACAACUCUGGUGGAUGUUUCUGAUAUUCUCAAAGCCGCUUCUAGACUUUGCAUUCGAAAUAUUACUCCUAUUUGGAAGGCUAGGUAUCACAUUUCAAAUAUCCAUAGUCGCGGAUCUUCUAGCUCUCGUCAGCUUUCACAUAUAUUGCAUAUAUGUUUAUGCAGCAAGGCUCUUUAACAUUCAGUUGAGAGGCAUCACAGCACUCUUCAGACUCUUCCUUGGGAAGAAGAAAAAUCCUCUGCGUGAAAGAGUAGAUUCUUGUCAGUAUCAAACGGACCAACUGUUCAUUGGGACACUGUCGUUUACCAUUCUUUUAUUCCUAAUGCCAACAACGUGGGUAUAUUACACAGUAUUUACAUUGCUCAGACUAGUAUUGAUUGGGUUUGGCGGUUUUCUCACCAGAUUGAAAUUUUAUUUACAAGUUAUGCCGAUUUAUACCUUCUGGAAGUGGUUGCUGCGAUCUUACAGCACCUGCAGCAUUAUCGAUAUCAAAUUACAUCCUCAUUGCACGGAAGGUCUGACGGUAUUAUCGAUGACUAUGGUUGUUGCACCUUGGAGGCUUACGUGGAAAAAGUGUAUUCCAGAUACGAUCAUUUGCCACCCGUCCAUCGAAUGGCGCGUGAUAUUACAUAAUAUCAUAUGGGGUCAAUUAUUAUAUCCGCUAUGAAAAUCUUGUAUGGAAAAAAAAUGUAUGUUGAAGUUCUGUUACAUGUUUUUACAAAAAAUGGGAUAUUUAUUAUACUACA